UCGGUGUGUUGCAUGCUUGUGUGUCAUGUGUGGCGUGUGUCGCGCGUAAUCGUGGUCAGUUUGGAGGUACGCAUCAAGACGAAAGCGUACCGUAUGCGCCGAUAUUCUGAGAGAUCGUCGCAGUUGCAGUUAUUCCUGUCGCAGAAUAUGCCGCUGCUUUGCACGGCCUAACGACCGGACGAUAUCUCGGUGACAAGCUGUACGCAUCGUAAACGGAACUGCUUAAAGAAGGAUAAGAAUCAUGUUUUACGCACAUUUUGUGUUGGCCAAAAAAGGGCCUUUGGCUCGAAUAUGGUUGGCUGCUCAUUGGGACAAGAAAAUAACAAAGGCACAUGUGUUUGAAACUAACAUAGAAAAAUCAGUGGACGGUAUAUUGCAACCAAAGGUUAAAAUGGCUUUGAGAACAUCCGGUCAUUUAUUAUUGGGAGUAGUACGAAUCUAUUCAAGAAAAGCCAAAUAUUUAUUGGCUGAUUGCAAUGAAGCUUUUGUAAAGAUUAAAAUGGCCUUUAGGCCUGGAAUGGUAGAUCUACCUGAGGAACAUAGAGAAGCGGCUGUAACAGCUAUCACUUUACCAGAAGUAUUUCAUGAUUUUGAUACUGCUAUGCCUGAACUUAAAGAUGUUGAUAUUGAAGCUCAAUUUAGUUUGAAUCAGUCUAGAGCAGAGGAAAUAACAAUGAGGGAAGAUUAUGGUAGUUUAUCUUUGGUUACACACGAUCAAGGUUUUGGUGACAUGAGUUUUGAUGCAGAACCACCAGAAUUACUACGACAUGGUAGUGGUAUAGAACCUUCAUUAGAUCAGACUCACAUGUUGUUUAGUGAUGGCCCAGGAAUAGAAACAGCAUUGGAACAAAAAGAAAAAGAACCAGUUGCAGGAACAUCUGCUACAGCGCAACCUAUGGACAUAGAUACACCUAUUAGAGAUGAUGGUUUUGGUGGUCAUCUUGGCCAAGAUAUCAUAGCGGGAGGUCUCUUUGAAGGCGGUUUAUUUGAUGAAGCUCCAAUGGGUGAGGUACCUGUACCUGAAGUUAGUUCGAUAACCGAACAACAAGACACAGGUACAGCUCCUGGAACUGCUGCAUCUGUGCAUGAUGAAUCUGAUGAAGAUAUGGGCGAUCAUUUUGGUGGUCCAGGAUCUCCAAUGGGCGGCAUGAGCACUGACGGCUCCAGACCGGCUACACCAGCUGCAACUGGAGAAGAAAUUGAUGGAAGGAUAAGUGUCGCUAGUAGACGCUUUACACCAGCUCCACCAGUUAUACCAGAGGAACAUGCAGUUGAUAAUGUAGAAGAACCACCACCUUUACAAGAUCAAACCACAUUGUUACACGAUGAUGAAGAAAGCUUUGCAUUACCUCCGAUCGAUGCAUCUAUUCUAAAAGGUUUCACAAAAACUAAGCGCAAGCGUAAACUCAUUGUUGAUGAAGUGAAAAAUAUUUCUGGCGAAGAAAUGAAAGCACAGCUAUCUGAUACUAGUGAUAUUAUUACGACAUUGGACUUGGCACCACCUACAAAAAGAUUGAUGCAUUGGAAGGAAACAGGUGGUGUAGAAAAACUCUUUGCUUUACCAGGAAGUUCUAUUCCAGCUCGUGUUCUAUUUAAGAAUUAUCAAAGACACCUAACCAGCAAGUCUUAUGAUCAUGAAGACUUUGGACGACUUGGAGCUGAGGAAGAUAAUAUGUCUCUGGAACAAAUGAGAGAUGCUCCAGAAGUAGAACCAUCUUCUUAUGAACAAAGUAUUCUCAAUAAACGUACAGGACGAAAACGAAAAGCGCCACAGGAUGAUGAAAUAAAACAACCUCCUCAACCACCUCAACCAACGCCAGCGGAUAUCAGUCAAUCAUCGACAAGUGCUGUUGAGGCAGUAGAAAUUCCGAGCAUAAUCACGCAACAUAAUCUUCCUGCAGAAUCAUCUAUAUCGUCUGAAGUACCUUUACCAGCAGAACCAUCAGUUUCUGACAUAAGUAGCAUUGUGCCUUCUAGGGAACCAUCGGUGGUAGCACCACCAACUACUGAAACACCGCUACUCAGUUCAGAAAUAUCACAAAUUGCGCCAGCUGAAGUCAGUUCAGUACUCGAUACACAUGAAGAAGCGCAAGUACCUCCACAAGAGGAAGCUGUUCCCGCCAUACAAACAUCCGAUUUGCCACAAAUGGAAAAUAUGGGUUAUGAUCAAGCACAACCGCAAGUUUCGUAUAUGGGCUAUGAUGAACAUCAUCCACCAGCACAUACGCCUGGUGCAAUUUCAGAAAGAGGGCCCGCCACACCAUGGAAUCAUGAAGAUUACGAAUUUCCACCAUCUGUGGGACCUCAAGAGGAACAACAAAUGGAUGAAACUUAUGAACAGUUUGAAGAGCGCGUUCUUAACAAAAGAGCAGCGCAUAUGUAUCAUGUUAUUAAGAGCAAACUAGAUACCAAAGAUAAAUUAACACUAUCGGAUAUGGCAUUCAAGAAUAACCGCAAACAGGUUGCACAGAAGUUUUAUACACUAUUAGUUUUGAAAAAGUUCCAAGUAUUAGAACUCAAUCAAGAAUAUUCAUAUGCUGAGAUUAUAGUCACAAAAGGACCAAAAUUUGAAAAUCCCGCGUUGUAAAGAUCGACAAGAUCCGGUUUUGUUAUACUGGAAUUAUGGUAGGCUCGAAGUUUGGCAACAAGAUCAGUCGCAUCUUGUGCUGCGUUUACGGCUAAUGUUUUUGGAAUAAUUAAUAAAGAUCGUGCAAAUUCCGCUAUAGCCAAUUGUUCUCGAGAACUCUGUAAUUGCAAAGGAUUGUAAAUAUUUUAAUGCAAAAACAAGAUAAAAACUGAUAGAAAAUAUGUAGAUAAUCCAAUAAUACCAAUGAU